UUCUUUUUUCUUUCUUUCUUUCCUUUUUCCUUUUUUUUUUUUUUUAAAUCUUCUCUCCUAGGGACAACACAAUGGCAGUCUUCUCUCAGUGAGACGAAUCCUGCUUAGCCUCCUGCAGACUCACUCAUCCUCAUAGCGAUCAAGUAAAAAGGCUAUGGUUUGCUCUUCGGGGAUCUUUUGUGCAUUCCUGCUCUCCUUGAUUAACUCUGCUCUCAGUUGGGAUUUCUUUGCUUUUUUGUUUGUCUUCACGCUGAAAAAGGAUUUUUUGGCCAACCCUUUGGUAAUAAUCCAGUGGUGAUCAAGGGGGAUAAAAUCGUUCACCCUGGCCGAAAAAAAACAAUCACUGAGAAGUCUCAAAGAAAUACACCACGUGAGGGGAAAAAACUGGGAGAAGAUCCGGAAUAUCAUCGUUUUUCCUAUGGUAAAACCGGUGCCCCUCUUCAGGAGAACUGAUUUCAAAUUAUUAUUAUGCAACCACAAGGAUCUCUUCUUUCUCAGGGUGUCUAAGCUGCUGGAUUGCUUUUCGCCCAAAUCAAUGUGGUUUCUUUGGAACAUUUUCAGCAAAGGAACGCAUAUGCUGCAGUGUCUUUGUGGCAAGAGUCUUAAGAAAAACAAGAACCCAACUGAUCCCCAGCUCAAGGGUAUAGUGACCAGGUUAUAUUGCAGGCAAGGCUACUACUUGCAAAUGCACCCCGAUGGAGCUCUCGACGGGACCAAGGACGACAGCACUAAUUCUACCCUGUUCAACCUCAUACCAGUGGGACUGCGCGUCGUUGCAAUCCAGGGAGUGAAGACAGGGUUGUACGUAGCCAUGAAUGGAGAAGGUUACCUCUACCCAUCAGAACUUUUUACCCCUGAGUGCAAGUUUAAAGAAUCUGUUUUUGAAAACUAUUAUGUAAUCUACUCAUCUAUGCUGUACAGACAACAGGAAUCUGGCAGAGCCUGGUUUUUGGGAUUGAAUAAAGAAGGGCAAGUUAUGAAAGGAAACAGAGUAAAGAAAACCAAACCAGCAGCUCAUUUUCUACCCAAGCCAUUGGAAGUUGCCAUGUACCGAGAACCAUCUUUGCAUGACGUCGGAGAAACAGUCCCGAAGGCCGGGGUGACGCCGAGUAAAAGCACGAGCGCGUCGGCCAUCAUGAAUGGAGGCAAACCAGUCAACAAAAGUAAGACGACAUAGCCAGACCCUCACAGGUGUUGUGACUGACUCGCCCCCGAGCGCCGUUGAGCCAUUUAUCCCGGCCAGACCCUCCCGCUUCCUCCGGGGGCCCAGGAGCCGCUGGGGGUAGGCUGCUCCCCACUGGCCCGAACUCCUUGGUUGCAAGUGGAUAAAUCUCAACGCGUCGCGCCCCCGACAAGAAGACACCUGGACAACCAGCUCAACUCAGACCAUGGAAUGCCCUACCAGAUAUGGAAUGCCUUUUUAAUAUCUUUUCUGUGACUGUGACACUUCAUGUGAAUGACCUCCUUCACGAGUCCACUCGACACCUUGCCUGCUGACAGCUACCCAUAUUCCUUUUUGAGUCCCGUUUCGGCGAAAUCCAUGUGUUUCAGUUCGAUUUUUGUAGCACACAGAUACUCUUGAGUAAAUUUCUAGUUAGAUGCUGUAAACCUGUGCUAUUCUGGAGUUCUCUUCUUCCCGUUUAUUUUUUCCAGGGCUGCUGGCUCUACUGUCUGUGACCUUUUGUAGGGAUGGUGUUCCUCUCAAUCUUAACUGUCGCAGUUGGCUUAGUUGGGAGAGCGAUCAGGGAAACAGAAAGGCUUCUAAACCUAUUAUGACAAAUUGCAUCUAUAAAGAUUAGGACUGUGGUCUCCGGCUCACACUACUGAUGAAACACACAUAUACGCCCCGUCCAGUAGCAGAUACUGUGCUCCCGAGGCCCGCGCGGCCGGGCUGAGAAACGGGGUCAAACACGGUCAUGGGAAGCGCUCUAUGAUCUGGGUUUGACGUCCCCUUUAGUCUCUUUGUGUGUGUGUGUGUGUGUUUUAUACAUAUCACAAGCUUACUGGUAAUGGUAACAUUUGCCUUGCCCAGCGAGCAAGACCCACUGGUUUUUGAGAAAGUGGGUCAAAAGAACUCUGUAGGCCUUGUAGGCCUGAUUAAGGUUCAUUUUUCAUCUAUGAAUCCUCAUUAUUUGGGAAAAAAAAAAAGGAAAAAAAAAUCAAUGAUUAACAACCAACAAGAAUUGCGCUACCUAAAUCCAUUUCAGAUAAAGAAUCCUUCCUGUUUUUAAUGAACCAAACUUAACACCAUCCCCAAUUUGGGCUGCGUUCCACUCACACUCGGCAGAGCAUGGGCAAGGCGGCUGUUGUGUACUUUCCUGCAGCAGCAAUGCAAAUGUUAGUUAUAAAUUAGACUUUAAUAUUUUUGGUGUUUAAUGACAAGUUUUUAAACCGGACACAUUAGAAAAAAAAAAAAAGUAUUUUUUUCAGCUCAGCAUGCUGAGUCAGGUACUGUGUUUUUCACCGGUCCAUACCUCUGACUCAGCUUCUGGGGUCCAUGUGGCCCUGUAGCUGAAUUAGAGGUGCCUUGCCAUGAUCUCAGAAUGCAGUCUGUUGAAUUAUUCUAGAUUAAAAAUAAAGGCAAACCAACACUUUCAAAUAUCAGGUUUUCAGUCCAUCUGAUAUAUAUAUAUAUUUUUUUUUUCUUGCCUUUGUUUGAUUUUGCUUUCUUAACUUCCUUUGGGAUUUCCAACUGCUGAAUCCUGAGCUUAGGGAAGACAGCAACUGAGAAAGUCCAGGAACAGUUGACUCCACAGUGAAGAAACCAUGCAAAAUGUUCACCAUUGGCUCUAAAGAGUUUCAAAAUGUUUGAUACUAAACUGUUUGGAAAUAUAUUUGUUAACUGUGUAUACUUAAUAAAUUUCAAUGUUUUUCUCCUCUGAACAGUUAAUUGAGACCAAACUGAACCUCAUUUAUAGAAAACUAUAUGUGGUAUCCAUGUACUGGCCUCUUGUUAUUUUCCAUGUGGAAGGAUGACCCAGUCGCCAUUUUCUCCCAUCUGCACUGUAUUUACUGGGAAAUUAUUUUGUCACUGCUUUCCUAAGUCUCCAUGACAGCCUUUGCCCAGCCUUUAACAAUUUUGGCCUGCUUAGCUGAUUAAAGAUUUACUAUCAAUUUAA